GUGAUAUUCUAAUGAGCAUUCAUUCAUAAGGAAUACGCCCUGUGGAUAGGCCAGGGGUGUAAUCAUUAGUUCUAAACGUUUUGCAAUGGAAAUCGUUCACUCCGAAUGGAAAACGUUUUGCAAAAAAACUAGUUUCUAUUGGACACAUUUAGUUAGGUCCCGCUCCGUUUUGUCCUUUUGGUUCCUAGUGAAUUACAUCCCAGGUUGAGAACCACUGGUUGUUACAAGCUGUUUUUCCUUUUCUUUACGCAUCGGGACACAGGGUCAAUGCGCAAAAUUAUUACGCAGCAUAAUCUGGGUAUCUGUGUUCAACACAUGUUCAACAUUCACCUUCUGCUACCCUUUCUGUCAAAGCCUUCGUUACGCAUAUAGUUUUGACGCAUACCUUUAAAUAAAUCCAACGUACACACCACGCAGCGUGUCAUUGGAAAAUGUAUGUCAUUCUGGUGUGCCAAAAAUACACUGUGUGUGUGUGUUAGGAGUAGUGGCUAUAGUACAUAACUCACUUGCAUUGCACUUUUGGAAACCUCUUGUUUCCUGUGUGCACUUGACCGAUAGAAACAUUUCUGGUUGGUUCAAUCAAAAGUCAUGAUAAGUAGAGCAGUAGAUUGAUGAGCCGUCUGGGAAGUGUAGUUCAUCAGAGGGUAGGAAGAGGACGAGGCAGGCAGAGAGACACACACAACUCCUGCAUGAGUUCACCUUCACAUUUAUUAACUACCUCGCCCCUCUCCCCAAAAAACAGCUAUUUAGCUUGGCCUUUGGGAUUUCCUUACAUCAUGAACGGGUCAGCAAAGUAUACUGCGCCUACAGUGCUGGGUGUACAGCUGAAAAGAGGACCACAAGGUCUGGGGUUUAACAUUGUGGGAGGUCUGGACCAGCAGUAUGUUCUGAAUGACAGUGGGAUCUAUGUGGCCAAAAUCAAACAGAAUGGCGCUGCAGCGUUGGAUGGAAGAUUACAAGAAGGAGACAAGAUAUUGGCGAUAAAUGGCCACAAGCUGGAGAACCUGUCACACAGUGCUGCUGUGGAGCUCUUCAGGUCAGCAGGAGAGGAUGUGCAGCUACGAGUACAGCAGAGGCCCACCAUGGUCAUGAAUGGUCCCCCCAGUUCCAGACCUGACGGGGGCUCGUCUGUCUCCUCCUUGGGAAUACUUGUGGCCGUCCUGGGAGCUGCUGCAGCCGUUACUGUCCUCUUCAUGCGCUUCCAACCACAACUGAGGAGGCAUUUUUAAACCUAUGUAUCUUUCUCCUCCAAUGCAUUUUUAAAAGCAAAACCUAGGAUUGAACCCCCCCCAAGAGAAAAUAUACAGCACCAGUGAAAAGUUUGAACUAAUCUACUCAUUCAAGGGUUUUUUUUCUUUAUUUUGACUAUUUUCUACAUUGUAGUAUAAUAGUGAAGACAUCAAAACUAUGAAAUGACACAUGGUAUCAUGUAGUAACCAAAAAAGUGUU